AUGACUGAGGCCAAGGUCCCCAAGAUCCUCAGCUGCGCCAGUUGUCGUCAGCGUAAGACAAAGUGCGACAAGAUUCAGCCCGUGUGCACCGACUGCUCCAGGCUGGGAAUAGAAUGCAUCUACCCCUCGCGAAAGCCCACGCGACGUGCCUUGCGCCCUCGGCAGACAAGCAACCGAUAUCUCAGCGACGAGUUCUGGAGCAACCUCUGCGGUGAGGUGGACGGUUUGAAACACGUCUUGGACCAGCCAUCCGACGACGAAGACGAAGACGACGACGAAGAUGAAGAUGACGACGAUGGCGGCUUCAUUGUGCCUUGCAAAAACAACGAGCCCUCUGCCUUUAUAUUUGGCAACCCAGACUACCAUGAGCAGAACAGCCUAGAUCAUCCGCCACCGGAUCUGGUGCUCAGUCUAUGGACAACCUACCUGUGCAACGUCGAUCCCUUGCUCAAGAUUCUCCACCGCCCAACUGUCAACGGCAAGAUACAGGAAUUCCUGAAUGCGCCCCCGGGCACCUAUCUGCCUGCCUCGACAAACGCCUUGCUCUUCUCCAUCUACUUUGGUGCCAUCUCAACUCUGGGCGAGAGGGCAGCCCGCGAGAGGCUAGGCCGUUCUCAGGCCGCCCUGGCUGCGAGCUUUCGCAUGGGCACCGAGCGAGCCCUCGCCGCCGCCGAUUAUCUCAACACCCACAGCCUCGAGACCCUGCAGGCCUUUGCCAUCUACCUGGCGGUGCUGCGUGCAUCAUCCAUGGGCCGCGCUUCGUGGGUCCUCACUUCGUCGCUCGUUCGCAUCGCGCAAGCCAUGAACCUUCAUCGCGACGGCGACGGCCACCGUUUCUCAGCGUUUGACGCUGAAAUGCGCCGCCGGCUGUGGUACUCAAUCCUGACUCUGGACAUCCGCGCCGCUGAAGACCGCGGCACGGACGCCAUCCUCACAUCGUCCUCGUACAACACGGCACCGCCCACCAACAUUGACGAUGACGACUUCGGACCGGACUCAAAGGGGCCGCUCGUGCCCAAGGUGGGGCCGGCCGAUAACAUUGUCGGGCUCUGCUCUCGGCGCUGCAGUGCCCUCGGAGCCAUCUUCCAUCCGGGGGUCAACACGGCAGCGUCGCUACAGGACAAGGGGGGGGAUAGCCUACACACGGAGCACGAGCUCCUCGAGAACGUCCGCGGAUUAGAGAGGGAUUUCAUCCGCAACGUGGACCCGUCUAACCUCAGCGCCCUGUACGCCUCCAAGGUGGCCCGCAUGGUCAUCCUCAAGGUCUGGCUCAUGGCCAAGUACCCUUACUCCGCGCAGCCCACCGUGGUGACCAUGAGCGCUUCGCGCGAGACCAUGCUGCGCACCGCCGUAUCCGUCAUGGAGCUUUCCGAGAGCAUGGAGGCCCCUCCGUGGGAGGACCGCUUCGCCUGGUUGACUCGGUGCUACGUGCAGUGGCACCCACUCGCCGUCGCUCUGGCGGAGCUGUGCGUCCAGACGGAGGGCAGCGUAUCUGACCACGCAUGGCGAGUGGUCGAGCAGGUCUUUCCCCGGUGGAAGACGCUUAUUGCCGACUCGGCUCGGGGAUCACUUUGGCGGCCCAUAAAGAAACUUUACAGGAGGGCCAAGGAGGCCAGGGUAGCAGCCAAGGGCCAUCUCUGCUUGCACACCAACACCAGUGCCAACAUCAUCACCACUGCAGCCGCAACCACGGAAAACACGACCGACACGACUAACACAACCAACAAUGCCCCUUUGAUGCAACAGGCAACGGCGAUAGCACCAGUCCAGAAUUACGGCCACCCUACGCACCCCCUCGCUGGCCACGGAUACAUGGACAUCCUACCCCUCACGAGCACCCAGAUGGCCUCGGACAUGAUGCCAGGACCAGACUAUAUGCCCGCUGCAGACUUUAUGGAUCCCUUCGACGUGGACAACAAUGACCUUUCCCACUUGUUCGAGUACCCGGGCGGUUACGACGGUCAUGCAAUUCCAACCACAACGGACGCCACCGUCCCCAACGGCUUUCCGGGCCAGCCUGGACAGCAGCAGCGCAUGGGAAAUCACGGACUUCCAUUCGACAUGGCGUCGUGGAAUGAAUUUAUCAAUGAUGCGCAGAUGGAAUUUUCGCCUGAGGAGAGUGCCGGGUAUGAUUCGCUGUAG